AGGAGGCGGGGCUUACUUGCGGGGCGGUCCCGGCCUCGGGUGGGCGAGACUGGAGGCGAAUUGAGAGAUUUCCGCUUCCGCCAAGAGUCGGAAGUCACUGUCUCCCGGGUGAACGAGGCGGUCGCGAAGAGGGGCUGCGAGUGGGAUUCUGUUACAGGUGGUACCCAGGCCGUGCUUUGGUGAGAAAAUUCAACAGAACACUAUUCCCACAGGUUUGCCCUCCUGCAGACAUGGGACGCAGAAAGUCAAAACGGAAGCCACCCCCCAAGAAGAAGAUGACAGGCACCCUAGAGACUCAGUUCACCUGCCCCUUCUGCAACCACGAGAAGUCUUGUGACGUGAAAAUGGACCGGGCCCGUAAUACCGGAGUCAUCUCUUGUACGGUGUGCCUAGAGGAAUUCCAGACGCCCAUCACUUAUCUGUCAGAACCAGUGGACGUGUACAGCGAUUGGAUAGACGCCUGUGAGGCAGCCAAUCAGUAGCAACACAGAGGACCCACCCCCUUGGCAGCCUCGCCUGCUGGCCACCCUGUGAGGAAGAUGCUCACAGAUGAGGAAACAGGCCAGAGGCAAGAAGUCACCAGCCCAGGGUCCCACAGCCAGAAGACUGCACAGCUGGGCCUUGAACCCAGAGGGCAGCUGUGAGGGUGGGGAGCACUGGAAAAGAGUAAGGGACCUUUGUCCCAGGGUGGUGUGUCUGGAGGUGGGGUCGGAUGCACCUGUAUGGUGAUCAUGGUGCUCCAGAGGACCUCUUGUCAUUUAUAAAGAGCCCCUUAUGAUCACUCCGGAGAUUAUGGCUAAGGAGACAGAUUAGCAUGGGGCCCUAGGUAGCCUCAGGAUGGGGCCAGUCACUAGGAAGGGAUUACUUCCUGAGUGAACUCUCAGCCACACCUGCCAGCUUUGGGAAGGGGAAAGGGGCCUACAGAUUAAGCACUAUGAAAACAAGAUUUGGAGUUCCCGUGGCAUGGUUCCGACUAGGAACCAUGAGGUUGCAGGUUCGUUCCCUGGCCUUGUUCAGUGGGUUAAGGAUCCAGCAUUGCCAUGAGCUGUGGUGUAGGUCACAGACAUGGCUUGGAUCCUGCGUUGCUGUGGCUCUGUGUUGCUGUGGCUCUGGUGUAGACCGGUGGCUACAGCUCCCAUUAGACUCCUAGCCUGGGAACCUACAUAUGCCGUUGGAGCGGCCCAAGAAAUGGCAAAAAAAAAAAAAAAAAAGAAAGAAAACAAUAUUUGAUGAGCUCCCACCUAUUGAUGAAGAAGUGCCACUCCCCUCCCCCAUACCUUGCCCUGGGCAUCUUCCCCCUGGCUCUUCCUGAGUUAUAUCCUUUUAUAAUAAACCUAUCAUCUGAUAAA